ACUGGUUCUACCGGGCGCAUGCGCCACUGCAGGCUGGCGGCUCGCGGCUCCUUCUUCCGGCCUCCCCUUUGGGCUGGCACCGGGAGAAGCGGGGCGAACGCAGAGCCCCGAGCGAGUGACCUGCGACCCCUGAAGUGGACCUCAGAGUCCCAAGGCUUUCCCCGGUCCGAAGCCAAGGAACCUUGCACCAGCACUCCGGGAGUACCCACCCCACGCCCACCUCUGGAUGCCGCCGACGGGUGCCCGGCCCGUGCCCGGCGCUUGCCUGCUGGCUCGGCCCUUCCGAACAGUUCAGGGCCACGGGUGGGAACCCAGGCCCCGCCCCUGAUGCUGUCCUACCCCUGCACCCGGGCCUUACACCGCUGACUGCCCCGGCGGGCCCCGCCCCCUGCCCGCGCCCUUGCCCCACCGAUCCCCCUCCCCCGCUGGGGGAGGCCAUGGCGUGAGCGCUAGGCCGGGCCCCGGGGCCCUCGGGCACCAGGCGGGGCAUGGGCUGCGGGCCGCCCCCAUGAGGGUCCCGGGAGGAGGGCGCGCGCAGCAGCGGCGGGGCCAUGGGGUCUCAGGUGUUGCAGAUCCUGCGCCAGGGCGUGUGGGCUUCGCUCACCGGCGGUUGGUUCUUCGACCCGCAUCAGAGCACCUUCUCCAACUGCUUCCAUCUCUAUGUCUGGAUCUUUCUGCUCAUCUUCCCCUUCUUGCUGUACAUGGUCCUGCCCCCCAGCUUGGUGGUGGCAGGUGCAUACUGCCUAGUGGUAGCUGUCAUUUUCGCUACCAUCAAGACUGUGAACUACCGGCUGCAUGCCAUGUUCGACCAGGGCGAGAUCGUGGAGAAACGCAACUCUACCAUGGGGGAGCAGGAAGAAGAAGCUGCCCAGGGGGACAGCAGUCUUCCCAGGGACCCUGGUAUGGAGAUGACAGUGUUCCGGAAAGUGAGUUCCACACCCCCUGUUCGCUGCAGUUCUCAGCAUUCUGUGUUUGGCUUCAACCAGGUUUCGGAAUUGCUUCCCCGGAUGGAGGAUUCUGGGCCCCUCAGAGAUAUCAAGGAGCUGGUACGGGAGCAAGGCAGCAACAAUGUGAUUGUGACCUCUGCUGAUCGAGAGAUGCUGAAGCUCAGCUCUCAAGAGAAACUGAUUGGAGACCUUCCCCAGACACCCCCAGGGGCUAUCCCAGACCCCUCUCUCCCCAGCACGGACUCUUCCGAGCGUUCUCCCCUGGCUGGAGAUGGAGUUCUUUGGGGUGGAAGCAGUGUGGCAGACACCCCCAUGAGCCCCUUACUGAAAGGGAGCCUUAGUCAGGAGCUGAGCAAGAGCUUCCUGACCCUGACCCGGCCUGACCGGGCCCUAGUGAGGACCAGCAGUCGACGGGAACAAUGUCGGGGAGCUGGAGGCUACCAGCCCCUUGACCGGCGGGGCUCAGGUGAGCCCAUGCCCCAGAAAGCUGGCUCUUCAGAUUCCUGCUUUAGUGGCACUGACAGGGAGACUCUGAGCAGCUUCAAGAGUGAGAAGACUGACUCUACACACCUGGACAGCCCUCCUGCUGCGCAUGCCCCUGAGGGCAGUGACACAGACCCCCCUUCUGAAGCUGACCUGCCUGCCUCCCCAGAUGCUGGGGUCCCAUCAGAUGACACACUGCGUUCUUUUGACACAGUCAUUGGAGCAGGGACACCACCAGGCCAGGCUGAGCCACUCCUGGUUGUGCGGCCCAAGGACUUGGCCCUGCUGCGGCCUAGCAAACGGCGGCCACCUGUGCGAAGACACUCCCCACCUGGCGGUGCCCCAAGAAGGCCUUUGCUUGAAGGCGGAGGAUUCUUUGAGGAUGAAGACACCAGUGAGGGCAGCGAGCUGAGCCCAGCCUCCAGUCUGCGAUCGCAGCACCGCUACAGUACUGACAGCUCCUCAUCCACUUCUUGCUAUUCACCUGAGAGCUCCCGGGGUGCAGCAGGGGGCCCUCGGAAGCGGCGGGCCCCUCAUGGGGCCGAGGAGGGGACUGCUCUGCCCCCUAAGCGGCCCUAUGGGACCCAGCGGACGCCCAGUACUGCUAGUGCCAAAACUCACGCGCGUGUGCUGAGCAUGGAUGGGGCAGGAGGUGAUAUCUUAAGGGCUCCUCUGGCUGGCUCCAAGGCUGAGCUGGAGGCUCAGCCAGGAGUGGAGCUGGCUGUUGGUGAGCCUGCUGUGCUGCCUGCUGAGGCCCAUCGGGGACCUGCUGCCAACCAGCCUGGCUGGCGGGGAGAGCUACAGGAGGAGGGUGCUGUGGGAGGAGCGCCUGAAGAGAUAGGCCAGCGGGAGUGCACAAGCAACGUCAGGCGGGCCCAGGCGAUCCGGAGACGACACAACGCAGGCAGCAACCCUACCCCUCCAGCCUCUGUCAUGGGCUCGCCACCAAACAGUUUGCAGGAGACUCAGCGGAGCCGGGCUGCUUCCCACUCCCGGGCACUGACUCUACCCUCUGCCCUGCACUUCGCCUCUUCACUACUGCUUACCCGAGCUGGGCCCAACGUACAUGAGGCCAGCAACUUUGAUGACACCUCUGAGGGUGCUGUGCACUAUUUCUACGACGAGAGUGGUGUGCGGCGGUCCUACACCUUUGGCUUGGCAGGAGGUGGCUAUGAAAACCCUGUGGGGCAGCAGGGGGAGCAGGCAGCCAAUGGAGCUUGGGACCGUCACUCACAUUCCUCCAGUUUCCACUCAGCUGAUGUGCCUGAGGCCACAGGAGGCCUGAGCCUGCUGCAGCCGAGGCCCGUGGUUCUACAGGGCAUGCAGGUGCGCCGGGUGCCCCUGGAGAUCCCAGAGUUUGACCUGCUGGACCAGGACUCCCUGCACGAAUCCCAGGAGCAGACACUGAUGGAGGAGGCACCGCCCCGUGCCCAGCACAGCUACAAGUACUGGUUUCUUCCUGGCCGCUGGACCUCUGUGCGCUAUGAACGGCUGGCCCUGCUGGCCCUGCUGGACCGGACACGGGGGAUAGUGGAGAACAUCUUUGGCGUUGGGCUGAGCAGCCUGGUUGCCUUCCUUGGAUACCUGUUGCUGCUCAAGGGCUUCUUCACUGACAUCUGGGUCUUCCAGUUCUGCCUGGUCAUCGCCUCCUGCCAGUACUCCUUGCUCAAGAGCGUGCAGCCUGAUGCAGCAUCUCCCAUGCAUGGCCACAACUGGGUGAUUGCAUACAGCCGGCCAGUCUACUUCUGCAUUUGCUGUCUACUCAUCUGGCUACUGGAUGCCCUGGGCACAGCUCAGCCCUUCCCACCUGUUUCCCUCUACGGCCUCACACUCUUCUCCGCCUCUUUCUUCUUCUGUGCCCGGGAUGUGGCCACAGUGUUCACCUUGUGCUUCCCGUUCGUCUUCCUCCUGGGCCUCCUGCCCCAGGUCAACACCUGCCUCAUGUACCUCCUGGAACAGAUAGAUAUGCAUGGCUUUGGAGGCACAGCUGCCACCAGCCCACUCACCGCAGUCUUCAGCCUCACCCGAAGCCUGCUGGCUGCUGCUCUGCUCUAUGGCUUCUGUUUUGGGGCCAUCAAGACACCUUGGCCGGAGCAGCACGUCCCUGUCCUCUUCUCAGUCUUCUGUGGCCUCCUGGUAGCACUGUCCUACCACCUGAGCCGGCAGAGCAGUGACCCCACUGUGCUCUGGUCUCUGGUCCGGAGCAAGCUCUUUCCUGAGCUAGAGGAGCGGAGCCUAGAGACAGCCCGGGUGGAGCCCCCAGACCCACUGCCAGAGAAGAUGCGCCAGUCGGUGCGUGAGGUCCUGCACUCUGACCUAGUGAUGUGUGUGGUGAUCGCUGUGCUCACCUUUGCCAUCAGUGCCAGCACUGUCUUCAUCGCCCUGAAGUCUGUGCUGGGCUUCGUGUUGUAUGCGCUGGCUGGGGCCGUGGGCCUCUUCACACACUACCUGCUACCACAGCUCCGCAAACAGCUCCCCUGGUUCUGCCUGUCGCAGCCUGUGCUGAAGCCACUGGAGUACAGCCAGUAUGAAGUGCGAGGUGCUGCCCAGGUGAUGUGGUUUGAGAAGCUCUAUGCUGGCCUGCAGUGUGUUGAGAAGUACCUCAUCUAUCCUGCUGUGGUGCUCAACGCCCUCACGGUCGAUGCCCACACUGUUGUCAGCCACCCAGACAAGUUCUGCCUCUACUGCCGGGCAUUGCUGAUGACUGUGGCUGGGCUGAAGCUGCUACGCUCGGCCUUCUGUUGCCCACCCCAGCAGUACCUGACCUUGGCCUUCACCGUCCUGCUCUUCCACUUUGACUACCCACGUCUCUCCCAGGGCUUUCUGCUGGACUACUUCCUCAUGUCCCUGCUCUGCAGUAAGCUGUGGGACUUGCUGUACAAGCUGCGUUUCGUGCUGACCUACAUCGCACCCUGGCAGAUCACUUGGGGCUCAGCCUUCCAUGCCUUUGCCCAGCCCUUUGCUGUGCCACACUCGGCCAUGCUGUUCGUCCAGGCCCUGCUCUCGGGGCUCUUCUCUACACCGCUCAACCCCCUGCUGGGCAGUGCUGUCUUCAUCAUGUCCUAUGCAAGGCCCCUUAAGUUCUGGGAACGGGACUACAACACUAAACGUGUGGAUCAUUCCAACACCCGCCUGGUGACACAGCUAGACCGGAACCCUGGCGCAGAUGAUAACAACCUCAACUCCAUCUUCUAUGAGCAUUUGACACGCUCGCUGCAGCACACCCUGUGUGGGGAUCUGGUGCUGGGUCGCUGGGGCAACUAUGGCCCUGGUGACUGCUUUGUCCUGGCCUCCGACUACCUCAAUGCGCUGGUGCACCUCAUCGAGGUUGGCAAUGGCCUCGUCACCUUCCAGCUGCGUGGCCUUGAGUUCCGGGGCACAUACUGCCAGCAGCGCGAGGUGGAGGCCAUCACUGAAGGUGUGGAGGAGGACGAGGGCUGCUGCUGCUGUGAGCCUGGCCACUUGCCACGGGUCCUGUCCUUCAACGCUGCCUUUGGGCAGCGCUGGCUGGCCUGGGAGGUGACAGCCAGCAAAUACGUGCUAGAAGGGUACAGCAUCAGUGACAACAACGCUGCCUCUAUGCUCCAGGUGUUCGACCUCCGCAAGAUCCUCAUCACCUACUAUGUCAAGAGCAUCAUCUACUAUGUGAGCUGCUCUCCAAAACUGGAAGCCUGGCUGAACCAUGAGGGCAUUGCAGCUGCCCUACGGCCGGUGCGGGCCCUUGGCUACGCAGACUCAGACCCCACCUUCUCACUGAGUGUUGAUGAAGACUAUGACCUUCGCCUUUCUGGCCUCACGCUGCCAUCCUUCUGCGCUGUGCACCUUGAGUGGAUCCAGUACUGUGCCUCUCGGCGCAGCCAGCCCGUGGACCAGGAUUGGAAUUCACCGUUGGUCACACUGUGCUUCGGCCUGUGUGUGCUGGGCCGCCGGGCUCUGGGGACAGCCUCGCACAGCAUGUCUGCCAGCCUGGAGCCCUUCCUCUAUGGCCUGCACGCCCUGUUCAAGGGGGACUUUCGCAUUACCUCCCCUCGUGACGAAUGGGUCUUUGCCGACAUGGACCUGCUUCACCGUGUAGUUGCCCCUGGGGUUCGCAUGGCCCUCAAGCUUCACCAGGACCACUUCACUUCCCCUGAUGAGUAUGAAGAACCAGCAGCCCUGUAUGAUGCCAUUGCGUCCAACGAGGAGCGGCUGGUUAUCUCCCAUGAGGGUGACCCUGCCUGGCGCAGUGCCAUCCUCAGCAACACACCUUCCCUGCUAGCCCUGCGCCAUGUCAUGGAUGAUGCAUCUGAUGAGUACAAGAUCAUCAUGCUCAACCGGCGUCACCUCAGCUUCCGGGUCAUCAAGGUGAACCGAGAGUGUGUGCGUGGGCUGUGGGCUGGCCAGCAACAGGAACUGGUGUUUCUGCGUAACCGUAAUCCUGAGCGUGGCAGCAUCCAGAAUGCCAAGCAGGCACUCCGCAACAUGAUCAAUUCCUCCUGCGACCAGCCACUGGGCUACCCCAUCUACGUGUCACCCCUUACCACCUCUCUGGCUGGCAGCCACCCCCAGCUUCGAGCACUGUGGGGUGGCCCUAUCAGCUUGGGCGCCAUCGCCCGAUGGCUCCUGCACAGCUGGGAGAGGCUUCACAAGGGCUGUGGCGCUGGCUGCAACAGUGGUGGGAAUGUGGAUGAUUCGGACUGUGGUGGGGGUGGCGGCCUGACCUCCCUCAGCAAUAAUCCCCCCUUGGCACACCCCACGCCUGAGAACACAGCAGGCAGCAGUGAGCAGCCCCUCCCACCAGGUCCUAGCUGGGGUACACGGCCCUCCCUCAGUGGCUCUGGUGAUGGACGGCCCCCUCCUCUGCUGCAGUGGCCUCCCCCUCGGCUCCCUGGACCACCCCCUGCCUCACCUGCUCCCACUGAGGCUCCCCGGCCCUCAAAGCCCCCUGGCCCUGGGCUCCUGAGUUCUGAGGGACCCAGUGGGAAGUGGAGUCUGGGGGGUCGGAAGGGACUGGGAGGAUCCGAUGGGGAGCCAGCCUCAGGGAGCCCCAAAGGAGGCACCCCCAAAUCUCAGGCCCCUCUAGACCUCAGCCUCAGUCCUAAUGUCAGCUCUGAGGCCUCACCCCUCAGAACAGCCGCCCAGGACAUUCCUUGCUUGGACAGUAGUGUUCCGGAGAGUGGCACACCCACUGGAGCCCCAGGUGACUGGUCUGCCCCUGUUGAGGAACGUGAAAGCCCAGCUGCCCAGCCCUUGCUGGAACAUCAGUACUGAGUAGCCUGGCAUCCACUGGAUCCCAUCCCAGGCCUCUGUUGUCAGACUCUGCUGCCUCUGACCCUCUGCUGGACCACAGAACUGACUGGCUUUGGCUCUGAUGUCUGCACCCUGACCUCUGGCAGUUUUGGCCAGAGUACCAGAACUGAACAGUCCAGACCUCUAACCUUGACCCUGACCUCUCCCUGAUCAGGCCUGGAUGCCCCAAGUUGAGGCAGUAGCCUCCUAGCCAGGCCCUAAGAGCCAAACCCAUGGGCUGGUCCCUCUUUGUGCCCGUGGCCAGGACUGACUCUGCCCCUGGGCCUGCACUGCCUGCAAGGCUGGUCUCCUUGGCCUGGACCUGGGGCCUGACAUGGCAAGGGUGGUUUUGUUCCUUUUUGUCUUUUUUUUUUUUUUUUUUUUUUUUUUUUUUUU